CGUCUCAGGCACAGUGCCUAGAGUUAGAAGAGCUGAGAGGCUGUGUGUGCAUUGCAGCACGGGGAUCUUUCUAUACACCUUAUAUUGGAGAUGUUUAAAGUUAAAAGUCUGAAGUCUCUGUACCUUCUUCAACCUUGAAAUACAUGGAGCAGCUUUGAGCAGGUUUCACCUCUACUUGACUGGAAUUGCCUGCACUUUACGUCGUAGAAAGAAAUUGGAAGAUUGAUGUCAUCAUGAGUGAUCUAGUGACCCCAACUCCUGAGAUUCCCAAACAUAUCCUGGAUAUCUGGGUGAUUGUUCUCAUUAUCCUAGCUACCAUCUUGGUAAUGACGUCUCUGCUACUCUUUCCUGCAGUUGCUGUAAUUAUCUACAGAGUAAGGACUCAUCCAAUCCGAAGUAGGAGUUAACAGCUAUCAGUGUUUCCAAUUUUAGUGUCUACAGUAAGAUACCAUAAACAUGGAGAAAUGAAUGGACAUAUUAAAAAAUGAUCCUCACCCUGAAUAGACCUACAGAUCGAAAACCAUCAUUUCAACACAUGGCAAAAUAGAAGAUGUGGGAUCAUACUGAUUUUCAGCUGCACAUAUUUGGAGCUUGAUGAACUAGAUAAAUAAGUAUUCCGUGAGAAUCACAA